AUGGCGUCGGCCCAAGUCGACAUCCCGCGUCGCGAGCGCGGCGGUCAUCGCGAUGGCGGCGACUCGUACCGCCCCGAGCGGCCUGAGCGCCCCGCGCCGCCGGUGCGCACCGAGGAGGAGAAGCAGGCGACGGCAAAGGCAGAGUACGAGAAGCUGCUCAACAUGCGCUCCGGCGGCACCUACAUCCCUCCCGCGCGUCUGAGGGCCCUCCAGGCGCAGAUCACGGACAAGACGAGCAAGGAGUACCAGCGCAUGGCGUGGGAGGCGCUCAAGAAGAGCAUCAACGGCCUCAUCAACAAGGUCAACACGGCCAACAUCAAGCACAUCGUCCCCGAGCUGUUUGGUGAGAACCUCAUCCGGGGGCGCGGCCUCUUCUGCCGCUCCAUCAUGAAGGCGCAGGCCGCGAGUCUGCCCUUCACGCCCAUCUACGCCGCCAUGGCCGCCGUCGUCAACACGAAGCUGCCCCAGGUCGGGGAGCUGCUGAUCAAGCGCCUGAUUAUGCAGUUCCGCAAGGGCUUCAAGCGAAACGACAAGGCCGUCUGCCUGUCGUCGACGACGUUCCUCGCGCACCUCAUCAACCAGCAGGUGCAGCACGAGAUGCUGGCCGGCCAGAUCCUGCUCCUGCUGCUGCACAAGCCGACCGACGACAGCGUCGAGAUUGCCGUCGGCUUCUGCCGCGAAGUCGGCCAAUACGUCGAGGAGAUGCAACCCACGAUCGCGAUGGCGGUGUUCGAUCAGUUCAGAAACAUUCUGCACGAGGCCGACAUCGACAAGCGGACGCAGUACAUGAUCGAGGUUCUGUUCCAGGUGCGCAAGGACAAGUUCAAGGACCACCCGGCGGUCAAGGAAGAGCUGGACCUGGUCGAAGAGGAGGACCAGAUUACCCACCAGGUCAACCUAGAGGGCGAGCUUGAUGUGCAGGACGGGCUCAACAUCUUCAAGUAUGACCCUGAGUGGGAGGACCACGAAGAGGCGUAUCGCAAGCUCAAGGCCGAGAUCCUGGGUGAGGAGAGCGGAGACGAAGAUGAGGACGACGACGACGAAGACGAAAGCAGCGACGAAGAAGACGAGGAGACCAAGGCCAUGGAAAUCAAGGACCAGUCCAACGCCGACUUGGUCAACCUUCGACGGACCAUUUACCUCACCAUCAUGUCAAGCGCCGACCCCGAAGAAGCAGUGCACAAGCUGAUGAAGAUCAACCUUCCCGCCGGCCAGGAGCCAGAGCUGCCUUCGAUGAUUGUCGAGUGUUGCUCACAGGAAAAGACGUACACCAAGUUCUUCGGCCUCAUCGGCGAGCGUUUCGCCAAGAUCAACCGGCUAUGGUGUGACCUGUUCGAGCAAGCCUUCGUCAAGUACUACGAGACGAUCCAUCGCUACGAGAACAACAAGCUGCGCAACAUUGCGCAGUUGUUUGGCCACAUGUUCGGGGUGGAUGCCAUCGGCUGGCACUGUCUGUCCGUUAUUCACCUCAACGAGGACGAGACGACGUCGAGCAGCCGAAUCUUCAUCAAGAUUCUGUUCCAAGCCAUUACCGAGGAACUUGGCCUCCCAAAGCUGAAGGAGCGGAUGACCGACGAGGUGCUCCGCCCCAACCUGGAGGGCCUCUUCCCCAAGGACAACCCGCGCAACAUCCGCUUCUCCAUCAACUACUUUACGAGUAUCGCCCGCCCUCCCAGCGCCCGCGGCACGCGACGAGUCGGACUCGGACUCGGUGUCGAGCUAUUCUUCAUACACUGGCUCGUCCUACUCCCGCACGCCAUCUCGAUCCCCUCGAAGGGAUACCGCACGAGGGCGAUCAACAUCCCGAACACCCUCACGACGCGGCAGGGCGCGAUCGCUGUCGGACAGCCGCUCACGUUCGCGGUCGCGGUCGUACAGCUCGUACUCGCGGUCGCCGUCCCGCUCCGUGUCCCCGGCGAGAAGGGCCGGCGGCCGUGGGUCAUACUCAGCAUCGCCGGCGCGGAGGCCGAGGCGCGACGACAGCAGAAGCCUGUCGCGAUCACGAUCCCCCGCACCGCGAGGCGGACACGGCAAGGCUCGACGCGCAUCUUACAGCUCAUACAGCCGCUCGCCGUCUCCACCACGGCGACCAAGGAGCGUCUCGCGAUCGGCCAGCCCUCCUCGACGCGGACGGCCAAGCGGAGACGACCGGCCGUCCCACAGACGGAAUAG